AUGCAGCAGCCGCAGCAGCUAAGGACGGCCAUGCGGAGGGACGGCGAGAGGGACCACCGGAGGGCGGCUGCGGCCGAGAGGCCUGCCGCCCACCGGACGGAGAGGGCGGCGGCGGACGAGACGGCCCAUCGGAGGGCGGCCGAGGCGCCUCCACGCCGGACGGAGAGGGCGGCCGAGGUGCCCGCCCACCGGACGGAGAGGGCGGGUGAGACGGCGGCCACCGCCCGGAGAGCCGCGGAGAUGCCCGCCCGCAGGACGACGGAGAGGAAGAAAAGCCUGGAGAGCCUGCUGGACGCCGCGGACGUGCGGGGGAAGCGCGGCGGCGGACCUGUGCCGGUCGGCGAGAAGAUCACCACCUUCCCCGGCCAGGGCCUCGAGUUCAAGGACCUGUCCUACAGCGUCGUCAAGAAGCAGAAGAAGGACGGGGUCAAGAUCAAGAAGGAGGUCUACCUGCUGAACGACAUUUCCGGGCAGGCUCUCCGCGGCCAGGUCACGGCCAUCCUCGGCCCCAGCGGCGCCGGCAAGUCCACUUUCCUCGACGCCAUUGCCGGGAGGAUCGCCAAGGGGAGCCUCGAAGGGUCUGUCAGCAUCGACGGACGACCUGUCACCACGAGCUACAUGAAGCAGAUUUCCUCUUACGUGAUGCAAGACGAUCAGCUGUUUCCCAUGCUUACGGUGCUGGAGACGCUCACAUUUGCAGCUGAGGUCAGGCUCCCGCCAUCCCUGUCGAGGGCUGAGAAGCUCAAGAGGGUGUGGGAACUCAUCGAGCAGCUUGGUCUGCAGACAACGGCUCACACAUACAUUGGGGAUGAAGGGGUGCGAGGGGUCUCUGGCGGGGAACGCCGCAGAGUAUCGAUUGGCACGGACAUCAUCCAUAAACCAUCUCUUCUGUUUCUCGACGAACCAACCUCCGGCCUCGACUCCACUAGUGCAUACAGUGUGGUGGAGAAAGUGAGGGACAUUGCAAAAGGAGGGAGCAUUGUGCUCAUGACGAUCCAUCAACCAUCUUUCAGGAUACAGAUGCUUCUUGACAGAAUUGUCAUCCUUGCAAGAGGACGACUGAUCUAUCUAGGCAACCCAACCACACUCCCCACAUACCUUGCUGGAUUUGGCAGACCAGUACCUGAGGGUGAGAACAGCAUGGAAUAUCUACUGGAUGUCAUCAAGGAGUACGAUGAAUCAACACUUGGACUUGAGCCUCUGGUUGCAUACCAGAGGGAUGGCAGCAAACCCACGGAAGCUGCGAAAACUCCGGUGCCGAGAACACCAAGGACACCAUACCAGAAGUCAGUUCAGUUCAGGCAAAUGCAACUCAAAAGCAACCAGUUUUCACUUGCAAGCGCAACGCCUCAUGCUAACCCCUUCUCAAACUUUGAGUCCUACAAUAUUGAUGACGAGGAGGGUGAUUUCGACAACUCUCUUGAGAGAAAAACACAGACGCCACUGCAUACUGUGGCCUCGGGGUACCAUCCAAGAUUGGCUUCACAGUUCUACAAAGAUUUCUCAGUCUGGGUUUACAACGGUGUCGCAGGGACACCGCAGCGCAGGCCCACUUGGACUCCAGCGCGAACACCAGCGAGGACCCCAAUGUCAAGCUACCAGCGAAGCCGUGUGAAUACGCCGCACAGGUCAAUUCCUCCAUCUCCCCAAGAACCAGUGUUCAAGCUAGAAGAGCCAGACUAUGAGGAGCAGGGGCUUGAUAUUGAGCCACUAGAUGCACCAGAGGACGGGCCCAAGUUUGCCAAUCCUUGGCUCAGGGAGGUGGCUGUACUUUCAUGGCGUACCGGACUGAAUGUCGUGCGCACACCAGAGUUGUUCCUCUCUCGUGAGGUUGUUCUCACGGUCAUGGCCCUCAUCCUCUCGACGCUGUUCCAUCGCCUCAGCGGUUCUGAUUUCCUGACCAUCAACCGCAUCCUCAACUUCUACAUCUUUGCAGUCUGCCUUGUCUUCUUCUCCUCAAAUGAUGCGGUCCCAACAUUCAUCCAGGAGCGCUUCAUCUUCAUCCGCGAGAGGUCACACAAUGCAUACCGUGCUUCGACCUAUGUGAUCUCCUCCCUCAUUGUCUACCUUCCCUUCUUUGCCAUUCAGGGCUUCACCUUUGCGGUGAUCACAAAGUUCAUGCUCCAUCUGAAUAGCAGCUUGCUCUACUUCUGGAUCGUCCUCUUUGCAUCGCUCAUAACAACAAAUGCAUAUGUGAUGCUGGUGAGUGCGCUUGUUCCGAGUUACAUCACUGGCUACGCCGUCGUGAUUGCGACGACGGCUCUCUUCUUCCUCACCUGUGGAUUCUUCCUGAAGCGGAACAAGAUCCCUAUUUACUGGAGAUGGCUUCACUACAUCUCCGCAAUCAAGUACCCGUUUGAGGCAUUGCUCGUCAACGAGUUCAAAGGCAGCCAUUGCUACACUGGCACACAAAAUCAGUUGUCACCAGGACCUCUGGGAGAAAUCAAGCAAAGUAGCCUUCACACACAACUGAACCCAAACAUCACAACAUGCCCCAUGAUAGGCCAGGAUGUGCUCACCUCCAUGGAUAUCACAAUGGACAGCAUCUGGGUUGAUGUUGCGAUCCUCCUUGCCUGGGGUGUGCUCUAUCGGCUCUUCUUCUAUGUGGUCCUGAGAUUCUACUCCAAGAAUGAGAGGAAGUAAAUAGCUUUCCAACAAAGGCAUACCAAUAUGUAUCCCAUAUAUCUUUGUGUGCAUUUGUUAUCUUUCUCAUUCUCUUUUGACAGAAUGCAUUUGUUAUCUCCUCUCAGCACAUUGCUACAAGCUUUACUCUAUGUAAUAGAAAGUUUGCAUUCAAAAGCAUCAAGUGAAACCCAA